ACGUAUGCCGAUCCACCGGCCAUCACCCCGGUGCAAAAUCGUCCGAAGGAUGACAAGGCUUUUGAUAACACUGCUUUCGUAGAUUACGAAGAACCACUGUCCAUCAAGACUGAAUAUUAUCAGCUCAACGACGUUCUGGAGCCGAAUGAGUCCGGAAUACUUACGAUCCAGAGAGGAACCCUUCGUCCGCGCGUGAGCUCCCCGACGAGAAUCGAGCAUCCGAACUUACCCCCGUUGAACCUCCAUCCGCACAAGCGCGCGUCUCGCAAAGGUUCCGGCACGCAGCACACCUCGGACACGCUGCUGAGGAGCAGCAUCACGUCGUCCACUUACAUACCUACCAUAUAAAGCGUAACCCCCCUUUUCGUCACCCCCUUUUCUCCGCCGACAAGCCCGAGUUAUGCCUAUACAUGCACCUUUUACAUCCUCGUUAAUAUCAUCGUUAUACUCUAGUCAUUGUAGGCACACACGCUGACCGCCAAGUAAAAAAAAAAAAA